GGACCGGGUCAAGACCGGACUGUAUCCAAUCCCAUCUUUGGUUCUUAUAUUCCCGAAAAGACCAGACUGGGACCAGAUCAAUUUGGUCUAAUUUAACCGGACCAGACCGUAUAGCCACCCCUAAUGGAUAGAAGAGGAUGAGGAGUCAGCUUGUCUAUUGCCAUCGUACGUACUGAUUCGUUAAUCACAUAUAGUUGGAAAUCGUUUUAGGAGUCCAUGUUGGUUCUCUUGCCGAUGAUCUCCUUUGUUUUUGGUAGAAGAGGAUGAGCUAGUUCAGACUUCAGACUUGAGACAGAAGGAUCUCCCUUCCUUUCUUUCCUUCUUCUUUCCCCUCUUGCAAAAUGAUGGUAUGGGUCGAUACUCGACAAAAUGAAUGUAGCCCAAGGUGGCUUUAUUUGGUUUCAGGGCCCACUAGAAUAAAGCCUGGGCCCGCCCAACCCAAUAGGCCCAAUUGUAUAUGGACUGGCCGACAUCCCUUCAAUAAGAGGGUUGUACAGCCCAAUUCCUUCAAUUUUCCCGGAUCAGGACAUUUAAAUUUUAAUGCAAACUUGCAGACUCGGGAGGCUCUUGAUUUUCGUGGUAUUGAUCUAAUCCCUAUUUGUCAUGUCUGUCAUCGUCGGUCGGUUUGAAUCUAUAGAGCAUCUGUUGUUUAAAUGUUCCCUUGCCCGACGAUUUUGGAGAACCAUUGGUCUUUCAAUUCUCAGGAUUUGUCGACAGGUUCUUUUGCCAUGUUUCUUGGUUCGAAUUUGUUUGGUAUGACAGGUGAUGAUCUGGACUUCAAAGUUACGUUCUUCAAGUGGUUUGUGGGCUUUGGCGCUUGUGGAGUCGUCGUUGCAAGGUGGUCUUUGAGUAUCUUCAACUUCAACCAAACAUUCUGCUGUGGCAGUGGAGUCAUCAGGUUGAGGAAUUCGACAAGGUUGUUCUGCGUCAUCAACUGCUGCCUACUUUCAAUCACAGCGCCUCAACCGGUAUUCCAAGCCGUCUGACGUCUGACGUCUCAUUAUCGAUCUCUGCAAAUCCUCCUUUGAUGCGGCCACUGCGGGUGUUGAGAAAGGUUCUGCAGCCUUUGUUAUUUGUUCACCGGAGGGCACCGUCCUUCAUGCCAAAGCGACUCGCUAUGAUGGGAUAACUGAUGCUUUUGUUCUUGAGGCGCUCGCUUUGAGAGAUUGCUUGUCUUUCUGCAUUGAUCAUGGUUAUCUUCAAGUGCUGAUUCGGGGAUGCUAAAGUGGUGAUUGAUCGUUGCUGCAGUCACCAUCUUUCUCAUGUUCGGGCAGGGGUAAUUCUCCAAGAGAUUAUAUUGGUGGUUUAUUAAGGUCUCAUUUGGGGUAUUCAGGGUGGGUGGCUCAUUUAGUGGGCCGUAAGGCUAUGUUUCUGUCGCCUCAUUUAUUGCAAAGGUUCGACUACGUUCCUUGGGUUACUAGCCAAUAGGCUAGGUGUAUUCAGACUCUUUUCGAUCGGUAUUUUAUCUCUCUAAUCAAGAGAUCUAAUGGCAAAAAAUAAAAAUAAAAAACGUCAGUGAUAAAACCUCUUUUACAAUUGCAUAUUGCAUUGAGUGUCGUCUAGAAUUUGCAAUUGAGCAAAUGUCAUUGAUGUUUGGGUAUUGUCCAAAUUAAUAUUGUCAACCCAAUUUAUCUCGCUGGCUCGGUCGAGGUAGUGGGUUGAGAGUUAAUGGUAUGAUUUCUUUAGCCCGAUUUAGCAUGUAUAUCUAAAAAUGUGAUAACAUUGGAGGAUCUAGAAUUAAAGGCUCAACAUACAUACAGCAUUCCUAUGAGCUCAAUCAAAUUAAUUAAUGACGUUUGAUUCAAGAUAAAUCGCCAAUUCAACCAACAAAUGCCUCUUCGUAAUGGUUCCCUGUGAAUCAUGUCGUAGCUGGAACAGCAUAUCAGAAAUUUACCAUAUCCUAGCUAGCUAGUUCUGCAGAAAUUAUGGAGCAAACGGUUAGACAAGACAGAAAAUAAUCCCAAAAAGAGCAGAGCAUCGAUAUUGCCUAAUUUCGAUUGUCGUACGUCAGUGUAUACAAACAAAAAAUAGAAGUCUUUUUAUUCGAGUUUCUGUGUAGACUGUAGAGACAAAUGAAUUAAAACGACAUACAGAUGCAGCUUUUUUUCCUUGCCAUUGCCGUCACGAUCAGAUUAAGUAUUCCGAAACGGCAGCUUAAUUAAUUAGGGCUCUAUUAAACCAUCCAAAAAAACUCCCAUAUUCCAUUUGCCACGGUUAAUCGUUCGUUUCAGGUAACGAUGACCAACAGCAAAUUAAACCAUGCUGGGUAAAAGCGGCAUUGACACUUCUCGUCGUCCUUAUAGCCAUUUCGACGACCCUCGCCGCCCUGGCGCUGACCGUGCUACGACCAUCGCUACGCCCAAGGGACCCAAUCUUCAGGGGAUAUGAUAUGACGACAACACCAUAUUUGUUGUUAUGGUGACAAUAAUAUAGGACCGCCAAUAAGAAGCCACCAUUCUGCAUACUUUUUAAUUUUAUUAGUUGACUGAAUUUUUAUAAGUUAAAAUUAAAGGAAGGGCAUGAUGGUCACUACAAAAGUUUCAUCCCAUGUCGCACGCAUGUACUGAGCUUUUUCCUCAUGCGCGUGCACUACACUUUUAAUUAAUGCCCAUUUCACUUUCAAUAAUUAUUUUAUUAUUAAUACUAAUUGAUUAUCCUCCUAUGCGAGAAGCCAAAGUUUGAAAAAAAGAAGCUGACAAAGAGUUCCAGUUUUAACUUUUAUCUAGGACAUUAAUUUCCAGGGAUAGGAUACGGUGACAACCCCUUGGGGGUUGUCAGAUUCACAACCACCUUUGUGGCCAUCAGAUACGUUCUCUCUCCUGUCUUUUUCUUCUUUUUUUAAAUUAAUGGUUAAGAUUAAA